CGUUCAUCCUGAGCCAGGAUCAAACUCUCCAUGAGAUCCACAGAAGCUUGGAAGAAAGUUAGGAAUAAAUCAGUUAUCCUACCUUCAGAGAACUCGUUCUGAGGACUAGGUCUGAGAAAGAAAGGAAAUGGAAAAAGGAAAUGGAAAUUUUUUUUAUUCAUUCUAAAAUAGAGAAUAUAGAUUGCAGGAAAGAUUAAUUUAUGUAUUUCUUUGUAAUAUAUAAUUUAGGGGAACAGGAUCUAAGAAAACAAAGAUACGAACAUACG